AUGGGUACUCUGCAGCUCAAGGGAGUCUCUGCCAGAAACACUGCACUCAACAAGGGAAAGAAUCUGAAUCUCAAGUCUUCGAGCUUCUACCAAAACAUCUUCCUGCAUUUCAGGCUCAGUGUGGUACUGGCGUUGCACCAAUUGGGACAGCCUUACGAGCAGGGGAGCCAAAUGCAAGGAGUAUCCACAUAUAUCGUCGACAUAUGGGUUCAGCAGAUCAGAAGACAAAUCAAGCAGCCCAGUCUUAAAGCUCAUCACACGACUAGUACUCAAUCCUGA